GCACUCACACCACGCGCGGCGCAGCAGCUCUCUCGUGCGCUUCGCCCGGUUUUUUUAGUCGGACACCGACUGACUUUAGAAACGUUCCAAGGAAUUCCGUGGCGAUGGUGAUUGACAGAUGAUCUGACAGAGGAAGACGUCAGAGACCCUUUCAGUUAUUAUGGGGUGUGCCUGGUGCAAGCAGAAGAAAACCACCAAAGCAGCAGCAGCAUCAGCAGCCGCAGUAGAUAAUACUGAUCUGUCUCCUAGCAACAUAGAUGCAGGGUUGUCCACAGUCUUGCCUCAGGGCCAUUACUGUCCUGACCCCACUCAGGCCAUCCCGGAUUUCAACAAGGGCUUCUCAUCCAGCACCAUCUUCUCCAACAGCAACACAAACCAGCGGCCUGGAGGAAUAACAGGCGGCGGCGUCACACUCUUCAUCGCGCUGUACGACUAUGACGCUCGCACUGAAGAUGACCUCACUUUCCAGAAAGGAGAAAAAUUCCAGAUCAUCAACAACUCUGAGGGUGACUGGUGGGAGGCUCGGUCUUUGGACACUGGAAAGUCCGGUUACAUCCCUUCCAACUACGUAGCUCCUGUUGACUCCAUACAGGCUGAGGAGUGGUAUUUUGGGAAGAUGGGGAGGAAGGAUGCGGAGAGACAGCUGCUGGGCCACGGCAACCAAAGAGGAACUUUUCUCAUACGAGAGAGUGAGACCACCAAAGGAGCUUACUCUCUGUCCAUCCGUGACUGGGAUGACACCAAGGGAGACCACGUCAAGCACUAUAAGAUCCGCAAACUGGACAAUGGCGGAUACUAUAUCACCACAAGGUCACAGUUUGAUACUGUGCAGCAGCUGGUGGAUCACUACACAGAGAGAGCAGCAGGACUGUGCUGUCGUUUGAUUGGAAGCUGUAAGCGGGGCAUGCCUAAGCUGGCUGACUUAUCGGUGAAGACCAAGGAUGUGUGGGAGAUUCCUCGUGAAUCCCUCCAUCUGAUUAAGAAACUGGGGAAUGGCCAGUUUGGGGAAGUCUGGAUGGGCAUGUGGAAUGGCACUACCAAGGUGGCGGUGAAGACUCUGAAGCCAGGAACCAUGUCUCCCGAGGCCUUUCUGGAGGAGGCUCAGAUCAUGAAGAGGCUCCGCCACGACAAGCUGGUGCAGCUCUAUGCCGUGGUGUCUGAAGAGCCCAUCUACAUCAUCACAGAGUUCAUGAGCCAAGGAAGUUUGCUCGACUUCUUAAAAGAUGGCGAGGGGCAGAGUUUGAAGCUGCCUCAGCUCGUGGACAUGGCUGCACAGAUUGCAGCGGGAAUGGCAUACAUCGAGAGGAUGAAUUACAUUCACCGUGACCUGCGAGCAGCAAAUAUCCUUGUUGGUGACAAUUUGGUGUGCAAGAUUGCUGACUUUGGCCUGGCGCGGCUCAUUGAGGACAACGAAUACACAGCCAGACAGGGGGCGAAGUUUCCUAUCAAGUGGACGGCUCCGGAAGCUGCACUAUAUGGACGUUUUACCAUCAAAUCAGACGUGUGGAGCUUUGGUAUUCUUCUAACUGAACUCAUCACUAAAGGACGCGUUCCAUACCCAGGCAUGAACAAUCGCGAGGUGCUGGAGCAAGUGGAGAGGGGCUAUCGAAUGCCUGCUGCCCCCGGCUGCCCGGCCUCGCUCCAUGAACUGAUGCUGCAGUGUUGGAGGCGGGAAGCUGAUGAGAGGCACACCUUCGAGUACCUGCAGUCCUUCUUGGAGGAUUACUUCACAGCCACAGAACCCCAAUACCAGCCUGGAGAAAACCUGUGACCACCGACCUGUCAGAGAGGGCCGACAAAUCAGCACACAAAAAUAUACUCACAUGCACAGACGGGCAUGUUGUAGUACAUUUACAUGCAUUAUAUUUGAUGCACACAAACACACACACACAAUUACACACAUGCUAUCUAUAAAAAAGAAAAAAAGAUGCAUAUCAUUGCCAUGUUUAAUUGUUUAAAGACACUUUGGUGACUGAUCCCUGCAGCCCAUUCAGUACAGAUCGACCACGCUCGACCUUCUCCUCAGGCCUUCCAUUAAUGUUGCUUUACCCUGUAACCAUGACAAUUGAAAGAUGUAGAUGUGGAGUGGAAGGAGUUAGUACAUGAAUUGUUCAACUGCUAUAUAUGUUCAGAUCCUUUGAAUUAUAUAUUUUUUUUCUGUUUUGAGAUGACAGCGAUUCAUUUGAUGUUAACAUGUUGAUACAUAAAAGAUAUCACAUGCAACAGGUUGUGGAACGGUGUUGCUGUGAUGACUGUCUGAAAUGUCUCAUCAAUAAACUCCUGAAACUGUGUGGUAACUGAGCAAAUUAUGUAUGGACAGACAUGCACAUAUUUUAGACUUGAGAAGAUGUGUUGAGGUCAAAUUUUUGUGGUGUUUAAAAUGCUUGAGCUCCUCUCUGAGCCACAGUACAGCUUUAAGAUGUCAGAUUGGAAAGUGCCUUCAAAUUAACCACCAAAUGUGCCUCAGUAUGGUCAAAAUAAAAGAUUUAACUUCAGUAGUGCAUUAGAAAAAUCGAGUGAAGAAUCCUGUUUUUGAUAGAUUUCAUGGCAAAUAUGUAAAAAAUGUGUCUUUAGUUAUCUUAAUUUAACUUUGAUAUCCAGACGUAUCAAAUUAUUUCGCUAACACAUAUACAGUUUUCAUCUGUUGGGAUGGAAGUGUGUCAAGUGUUGUAUAUUAAGGGGAAAGUUAUUGUCAGGAGACUGUGGAAGUUUAAGGUUUUUGUUUUAUGAUAUGAAUGUAAUGUUUAUGUUGAGAUUUCUUCAUCACAGAGCUGCAAUAAAUGUCAUAUCUAUUCCAAACUAACAAAUGUCUUAUUCUGUGUGCAUUUUAACACUGAUGAUGUCGACUCGUCCUAAUAAAAAGCACUAUUAUGCAGA